AUCAAGUCAAGAGCAAAAGGAAAAGCUGAGGAAAAGCUUCGAUAAUAAACAUAUUUUGGGCUACCUGUGUUAACUCUCAUGUUUGCGUUACCAGAUAUAAUCUACAUAAAGUGAUCAAACAUUAAAGGUCAUCUACAGCCAAGUAAUGAUCAGCAUAUAUAACUUCUAUCUCAGAACGUAAACAUUAUCGCUCGCUUUUUUACAGGGCAUUUUAUCGUUUUCCAGAGAGCUUACAACGAGCUUACAAGAUGGGAGCUUUUCAAUUACCAAUCAUGUACACUUAUAUUUCCUUUGUUUUCAGUGUACUUAUUUUACUUCCGCCUGAAGCACAUGGCGCCAUAAACUCUAUCAUACGAAAUGUUGGUCAAGAUUUUGUCUUUAUGUGGAACAGAACAAGUGGUAAUAUAGUGGAAGUGAGAUGGGGAUUGGUGGAUCCAGUAGAUAACCAAGGGAUAAAACCACAGUUCAUAUAUGUCAACAAAUGGGCCAACGUUGCUGUCUAUAGCGCUGCCUUGGAUACCCCAGCUGCAUCGAGUUAUAAAGGAAGAGUUUAUUACGUGGGAGACUUGCCUGCUGGUCGUGCUUGGUUCCAAAUAACCAACCUUAGUAUCAGUGAUGCCAAGGAAUAUGCUGUUAGCAUCUUGGAAGGAAGUGUUUACACGAUAUACAAAAUGGGCCUGACUGUGACAGUAACUCCCCAGUUCCAGCCACAGCCACCACUGACACAGAACAUAGCAGAAGGUCAAGAUUUGAGUGUGCCUUGCACUGCUGUUGGUCCACCAAUACCUAACAUUACGUGGGUGCAGAUAGUAGGUCACGUGACCAAGAUUACAGGAACAGGAAGUGCAACACUGAGGAUACCAAAUAUAAGAAGAGAUCAGAAUGGGACGUACGAGUGUCAGGCCAGUAACAACCCUAAUGAGAAUCCAGUCACUGCACAGACUGUUGUGUCUGUUUAUUAUCCUCCCCGAACCACCAUUACUCCUCCAAUUAUCACAGUUGUAGAAGGUGAUGAGAUCGUACUCAGCUGUACAGCAGAUGGUUAUCCACCACCAUCCAUAUCAUGGAAGAAGGCUGACGGUGUCAUCAAAGCUGGUCACACAGUAGGUGGGGGAACACUUAGAAUACCUGAUGCUAUCAAAACAGAUGCUGGGCAGUACAUAUGUACAGCAAAGAACGCCUACGACAGCAGAGAACACACUAACAAUGCAAAUGCAACUGUUAUAGUUAAAUACCAGCCCUUGAUCAUGUUGGAAAAGUUACUUAACCAAACCGUGAAUGAGAGCGACUCCCUGAGUAUCAAGUGCGAAGCAGAUGGAAACCCACUACCAACCAUCAAAUGGAAGACCCCAACAGGAUCUGUCCACACUGGGAAUGUCUACAGCAUCCCGUCAGUCAGCAAAUCACAUGCAGGGACAUACACGUGUACAGCUAGUAACGGGAUAGGGAGAGAUGCAAUGACCAGUAUACAAGUUACUGUGCAGUAUCCACCUGAUAUUGAUGCAUCAAAGUCUAGUCUUCUAUUCAAGGCAUGGAAUGGUAAAAGUAUUCGACUCAGAUGUUUAGCAACUGGUUUACCUGCACCAUGGAUAUCAUGGUACAAACCAACAAAUCAACAGAUCACUACAGGUGUCAACAUUGUACCCGGGGGUAGUGAGGUAACAGUACUGACAACUGCUGACCAAGGGGACUAUGGACAGUACAAGUGUCGAGCAACAAACAUCCUUGGAAGUGAUGAACAAUUCAUCAAUGUCAUUCAGCUGUUUCCCCCAGGUCUUGUUACCAUAAAUGUUAUCGAGGUAGAAGCAUUAUCCAUGAAAAUUACAUGGAACAAACCUGGUAAUGAUGGUGGAAGACCUGUCAUUGGUUACAAGGUUGAAGUAAGUACCAAGCCACCAGUUUUCACUGUGAAUACCCAAGCUGUUAUAACAGGACUCAAAGCAAACACCCAGUACACGGUCAAAGUGUAUGCUCGGAACAUUGCUGGGUAUGGUCAACAACUGAUGAAGGUCAUCACUACCAAGAAACAAGGUAAACCAGGUGUUCCUCAAUUAACAAUUAGCAUCAACGAUACAGCAGAAUUAUUUAUCAGAUUGACAUGGACAAAACCUAAUGAUAAUGGAGGAGAUCUAAUCAAGUUUACCAUCUACAUGAAAGAGGAUGAUGAAUUUAAUUGUACAAAAGCAAAGGAUAUCCUUGAUUUAUCAGUUCUGGAGUAUACAUUAAGAAAAAGUGUUGAUUACGGAAAGAACUAUACGUUUCUAGUGACUGCAUGGAAUAAAUACGGAGAAAGUAUGAAAGAUGAUGUGAUGGCGAAGACAAUAUCCAUACCUCAGAUUAAACCAACAUGUGAAACGAACACACGUGGUAACGCUAAGACCAGUAUUGAGGACACAAGUGGAAAACACUCAAAAUUUCUGAUCGGUGUGAGUGUCAUAGCUGCGAUACUUGUAGUUUCGCUGGUUCUUAACGUGCUGCAGUUUCUAUACAUAUGGAAGAGGAUUAAACCCAAUGAACACGGAAGAAACAGCUUUAAGGAAACGAAAACAAAUAAGCAAGAAGAGGUUGAUCAAACAUACGACAACGCAAUGGAAUUGAGCGUGAACACGUCAUCAUCGUCUGGCAUGAAAUCGGGAUUUAGUCCAAAAACAACAUCGGCCCCUGAAUACGAAGCUGUCAAAUUGCAACAAUCACCUCGUCGUAAUCAAAACCCUGCCAAGUCCAUUGUUUACGAGACACCUUUACCUUGUGAGUCUAGUAAACCAAGUCAUUACCAGGAACUGUCGCCUAUUGACACUGCACAAGACACCAAGAGACCAGUGUACGAACCUGUUCGUACAAGAGUCCCGCGUAAUGACAACGAGACGAACAUGUACCAGCCACUUGGUCUAAGAAACGAAAGCUCUGAUUACCAGACCCUGCAUGCUAAAGGAAAUGACUCAUUUAUAUAAAAGUAUAUUUGUAUAUUCAGACAUUAAAGAGCGUUCGAUAACAAUGCUUAGCGAGAAAAACAGUUUCAGUUCGUUUAUCGGUUUUUAGGUUUCCAGUUCUCAUGAGGUCGAAAUGAUUUUGCUUUUUACUCCAAAUUGAACAUGACGUCAAGGAGUCAAUACCACCGGAUGUACGACUUUUCUGUUAUUUGAUUGGUUGUAUUUUUAAGGACGUGAAAUAAAAAUAUAGUUCAUCU